AUGAUGGCUGCCUAUGGCUCGGUACCGUCAGUGAGCGGUUUGUCCCGCGAGCUAGACAAAAUCCACGAUGUGUUAACCAACCGAUUGGUCAGAGAACUCAAAAAUUUACUCACACGAUCUCGCAGUAUUACCGACCAGGCUCCUCUGAUUCAAGCUGCUUGUCAGUUGAUGGAGUUACUCCCAGAGAAUUUGCAAGUCAAAUCGCAGAUUCUCGAUUGGUUCUUAUUGCGACAGUUGGGCGAAUACAAAGAGUUAUUUGAACCUUCACAAACCUCAGCUUGGCUGGACAAAAUUGAUCAUCGGUAUGCCUGGUUGCGAACAAAUCUACCACCGUUGGAACGUAAGCUGCAAGUGCUUUUCCCAGCAGAAUGGCACGUAUCCGAACAACUGGUCAUGGAGUUUUGUCGAAUGACUAAAACUGACUUGGAAAUUGUAAUGAAACGUAGGCAAGCUGAAUUGACCCACAAUCUCCUCAUUUUCGGUCUACAGCGGACCCUGGCUUUUGAAGCCAGUUUGAAUAAGAUUUACUCAGGUUCGACCCUGUCCGAAUUGAAUCUCCAGGAAGACGCCGAGUGCAGUCCUUCACCCACCAAACGAGGUCAGUCCCUAAAUCCGUUUGAUGAAGAUGGAGAUGAUGCUACCCAAGCGGCUCCAGCGAAUGUGGACAGACAACGCCAAUCCGUCAAUGUCACGCAAAAGUCAUCUACGGCAAAAUCUGAAACCACUCAGGACGGCGGGGAACCAGGGCAUUGGAAGAAGCAGCCGUUCGAUGGAAUCAUCUCCAGUUGCUUUGACGCGCACUUUGAUCUGUAUCUGAAUCAUGUGGAGAAAGCCUUGCGCGAGCAGUUGCAAUCUCGUUUUAUCGGUGAUUUCACCAUAAACAAGUCAAGCCUCUCACAUCGUGAGCUGGGCGAUGUGUUCAAAGAUGACUCCUCAAACACAACUACCAUCAAUUCUGUUGACCCGGGGGAGAACACACUGUCCUCCGCGACCGAAUUGUUCCUCCUGUACAAACAAGUGGUUAGACAAACGUUGCAGUUGAAUCGCGGCAAAGGUCUUCUCGGACUUGUGCGGUUGCUACGCCAAUAUCUAUCUCAGUACAAUGUGUGGGUAUUACUUGCCCAGAUUCCUGGCCUGUCUAUUGGGGCACCGAAUGCUCCUAGUGGCACGAGCGGAACAGGGUUUUUCAAUCCCGAUAUGGCCGCCAAAAUGGCUGCGUUUGGUCUCAGUGGACUGUCAGCAUUAGGUGAGUAA